UUAAUGUUCAAACCAGAAAAUAGGGUUUAAGGAGGGAGGCGGUGGCGGAGAGCAGAACGGAAAACUCAAUCAAAGAGCUCCUCUCUGAAGCUCACAGGCCGUAGUAAAGUCUCUCUGCUCACUACUGUCGAUAGAAACAAACCCCUGAUAAUCGAUGGGGAAGAAGAUGAAUAGAAAUCAAAACACAGAAUCCUCGGAAUCCUCUCGGAUUUGGGCCUCCAAGUUCCUCAAGGAGUUUCGCGCCUCCGGGAACCAUUCUCACACGUUUGAUAACAGUCUUACGAAUAACGACCGUGGCAUUAUCCACCAGAUGUGCCAGAAGAUGGGUCUCCGAUCAAAAAGUUCCGGGAAAGGGGAUCAAAGGCGUCUUACCAUUUUCAAACGUGCACCUCGCCCUUCAGUCUCAGACAGAAGAAAUAAGACAACAUAUGGCAACGGAGAUGCCGAUGAGAAGAAGCUCAAACGUGUCUCAUUUCCAUCGGAGGCGAAACCUGUUCUUCAGGAGUUAUUUACUCGAUAUCCGCCUUGCGACGGAGAUACUACAGGGACGUCACUGGGGAUAUAUACUGGACGCUCCUCCGGGAAACAGCGGAAGUGGAAAGAUGACUUCUUUGGCAAACCUCAGAUGAACAAAGAUGAUAUUCAAAGUAGGGCGGCGUCUCUGAGUUCUAGACUGGCAAACGACAAAGAUUUUCGAGAGAUCUUUGGAGCACGGACAAAGCUUCCCAUCGCAUCCUUUAGAGAGGCCAUCACAUCUGCAGUGGAAUCUAAUCAGGUUGUUCUUAUUGCUGGUGAAACUGGCUGUGGGAAAACUACUCAGGUGCCUCAAUAUCUUCUAGACCACAUGUGGUAUAGUAAGCGAGAAUCUUGCAAAAUCAUUUGCACCCAACCACGUCGUAUCUCAGCUAUUUCAGUUUCUGAACGAAUUUCUUGGGAAAGAGGUGAAACUAUAGGGAACAACGUCGGCUACAAGGUGCGGCUGAAGAGCGAAGGUGGAAGACAGUCAUCAGUUGUUUUCUGCACGAAUGGCAUUCUGUUGAGGGUGCUUGUAGGCAAAGGCGGUGGUAGCUGUGUUCCUGAUAUAACUCACAUUAUUGUGGAUGAAAUUCAUGAAAGGGAUUGCUACUCUGAUUUCAUGUUGGCGAUUAUAAGGGACUUCCUUCCUUCAAAUCCUCAUCUCCGACUGAUUCUAAUGAGUGCUACUCUUGAUGCUGAGAGGUUUUCUGGAUAUUUCGGAGGUUGUCCAGUUGUCCAAGUCCCUGGAUUCACUUAUCCAGUGAGAACCUUUUAUCUGGAAGAUGUGCUCUCUGUCCUGAAAUCAGAGAAGAAUCAUCAUCUAAUUUCUGACGACUCAAGCAUACCAGAUGGCAAGGGUGAUAUUAAAGAUGAAGACAAAGUUGCUUUAGACGAAGCAAUUGAAAUGGCAUGGACAAAUGAUGAGUUUGAAGCUCUCUUAGAUCUGGUUUCCUCCGAAGGAAGUCACGAGGUUUACAAUUACAGGCAAUCAUCGACCUGGCUAACACCACUUAUGGUCUUCGCUGGAAAGGGCAGGGUUAAAACUGUCUGUAAGCUCCUCGCACUUGGCGCUGACAGUAAAUUGAAGUCCAAGGAAGGUAUGACAGCAUUAGAAUUGGCCGAAAAAGAGAAGCAAUUUGAAGCUGCUCAAAUAAUCAGGGAACAUGCUGAUAACGUCCAGUCCAAUUCUCAGCAAGCACAAGACUUACUUGAUAAGUAUAUGGCGACAAUCAAUCCAGAAGAAGUAGACGUGAGUCUUAUAGUGAAUUUAAUGAAGAAAAUAUGCCGUGACUCAGAAGCGGGUGCCGUUCUUGUUUUUCUACCUGGGUGGGAGGAAAUAAGUAGAACGAAAGAGAGACUGCUUGCUAAUCCCUAUUUUGCAGAUAGUGCUAAAUAUAGCAUCAUAUGUCUACACUCAAGGGUUCCUGUAGAGGAACAGAAGAAAGUUUUUAAACGCCCCCCUCAAGGCUGUCGCAAAAUUGUGCUUGCGACAAAUAUUGCUGAAUCAGCAGUUACUAUCGAUGAUGUGGUUUAUGUGAUAGAUAGUGGGCGGAUGAAGGAAAAGAGUUAUGAUCCUUAUAACGACGUGUCAACGCUAGAAUCUUCUUGGGUUUCUAAAGCGAAUGCAAAACAGCGAGAGGGACGAGCAGGCCGGUGCCAACCUGGAAUUUGUUAUCAUCUCUAUUCUAAACUUCGGGCAGCCUCUUUACCUGAAUAUAGAAUCCCUGAAGUUAGGAGGAUGCCAGUAGAUGAACUCUGCUUACAGGUUAAGAUACUGGAUCCGAAUUGCAACGUCAAUGAUUUCCUUCAGAAAUUGAUGGACCCGCCUGUUGAUCAAAGCAUUGCAAAUGCCUUAACCACCCUUAAAGACAUUGGCGCACUGACACCACAAGAAGAGCUGACAGAACUUGGACAGAAAUUUGGCCAGCUUCCAGUUCAUCCUCGGAUUUGCAAGAUGAUUUAUUUCUCCAUAUUAGUGAACUGUCUGGACCCAGCACUUCUUCUGGCAUGUGCAGCCGACACCAAGGAUCCAUUUACCAUGCCCUUGGGACCAGCAGAAAGAAGAAAAGCUGUUGCCGCAAAACGUGAACUUGCGUCGCUUUAUGGAGGCCACAGUGAUCACCUUGCGAUUGUUGCAGCUUUUCAUCGCUGGAAAGAUGCAAAAAGAAAUGGUCAAUCUCGGGAGUUCUGUUCUGAGUAUUUCGUCUCCCCAAAUGCCAUGAAGAUGCUGGAUAAUAUGCGUGACAAGCUUCAUGGGGAACUCGAAAGACAUGGGCUCAUCCCUAGAAAUAACUCAGACUGUAGUCUGAAUGCUCACGAUCCGGGUAUUCUCCGUGCUGUUGUAGCAGUAGGAUUGUACCCUAUGGUGGGAAGAAUGUGCCCACCUUCCAUGAAUAAUAGAAGGUCACUAGUAGAGACCAUUACGGGAGCCAAAGUUCGUGUGCUCUCGCUUUCAAACACGUCCUCUAGGGAGGAUGAUGAAGCUUUAAUUGUUUUUGAUGAGAUCACUCGAGGAGACUGGGACGUGCACAUAAGAGAAAGCACCGCCCUUACCACUAUACCGUUGUUACUGUUUGCGGGAGAGAUAGCUGUGGCUCCUACAGAGAGCUGUGAUGCUGAUAAGAGUGAUGACGAGGAAGGCAACAACGAAGUAGAAACUGUAGGAGAUGCGAUGGACAAAGACAAAGCAGGUGGUAGGCCUGGAGAUAAAUUAAUGCUCGCCCCGGAAAAUUCAGUCAAGGUGGUAGUGGAUCGGUGGCUGCCUUUCGAGAUGACAGCUAUUGAAAUUGCUCAAAUGUACAUCUUGAGAGAGAGACUAGUGGCAUCCAUUUUGUUCAAGGUAAAACAUCCGCAAGAAAAUUUGCCGCCUCAUCUCGGAGCGUCUAUGUACGCAAUAGCUUGCAUUCUCUCAUAUGAUGGCCUCUCAAGACUUUCAGUUCCAAUGGUGUCGGAGCUCGAAUCAGGCAACACGUCAGGUUUAGAUAGCAUGGGAGAGAACUUGUUAUCCAAUCUCGCUGAUGGGAAUGAGCUACUUGACUUGGUAUCUGCUCCGAAGGAAGCUGCUUCAGCAGUAAAGGAACCAGAGAAGGAGAGAUCAAGAUCCAAAAAGCACAAAUCAGCCAACAUGGAAGCUGACUUAAGCACUGCUUCGGACGAAGCUGCUUCAGCAGUUGAGGAACCAGUGAAGAAGCGACGGAGGUCCAAAAAGCGGAAAUCAGCCAAAAUUUUGGAUUUGGCUAAUGAGCAACCAGAGGCUAACCCAGCCAACGAAUCGGAUUUGGGUAACAUUGAAGAGAGCUUGCCUUCCAAUCUUGUUACUGGAAAUGAACAACCUGACACAAACACUGCUCCGGCGGAAGCUGCUUCAGCAGGUGAAGAACCAGAGAAGAAGCGAUCAAGAAGUUCAAAAAAGCGGAAAUCAGCCAAGAACUUGGAUUUGGGGAACAUUGAAGUGAACGAGCCUUCUGAUCUAGCUAAUAAUGGGAAUGAGCAAACAGAAGUUAAGUCAGACAGGAAGGAGAAAGAGAGCAUCCCUGCGAAUCUUACCAAUGGGAAUGAGCAAUCCGACCCAAACUCUGCUCAAAUGGAAGCUGAUUCAGCGGCUAAGACACCAGAAAAGAAGCAAUCAAGAUCCAAAAGGCGCAAACUAGCUAACGACUCAAGUUCAGGUAAUAACAUGGAAGAGAACGUGCCUUCCACUAGUGGGAAUGAGCAACAUAUAAGCAGUGGUGAAACCGAAGCUGCAUGAAUGGCUAAGAAACAGAACAAUGAGGUGUCAACAGAGCCAAAGUCUGAUUUGUUUGAGGAGGGAGAGAGCAUGCCUUCCGAUCAUGUUAAGUUGCAUCAGUGGAGAACAAGCAAGGAAGCAAUGCCGUGAACUCGCAAUGAGCAAAAAGCAGAAGAGAAUGGCCGUUAUUUAUCUUAAAGUGUUGUAACAUAUUUUGAAAUCUCAACGGUUUUGUUAAGUUUUUUUUUUUGUGUUUUACGCUUACAUGUUUAGUUAGAUGUUUUGUAGGUUCUGCUUCUGUGACAUUCUUACUUGGUGCUCAAACUUAAAAGUUUUACAACCUUAUUGAUAAAUGAAGGUAAUUGGAGAAGCCA